GAAGACGAUCUUAGUCGGUUUGACGUUUAUCGUCGGUGUCUAGAGCCUCGCCCUUAUCGCAUUCAUCCGUGCUGCUCCGCCAGGGGAGGGCCUCGGGCGUUCGCUUCCCUGGGACUCAGGCAUCUGGCGCACGAGCGGCGGUGGCGGUUAAGGAGGCGAGACCGACCAAGCCCUCGCCACAAGCGCAGGAUCCUACGGUGCGGAGGCCGACGCAUGGGAGGCCGAUGUUGACGCCCUGAUGACACAGAUCGGCUUCGGCUUUGUGAUCGUCUUCACCUCGCUCUCCGGCGUCGGCGCCGGCGUGCGCCAUGUGGUGUCGCUACCAGGGGCGAAGCUUCUGCUGUUCUGCAUGUGGCGUUCUUCGUUUCCUUUUACUGCUGGGGUCGCGAUGACUUCUUUUCCUCUUUUGAUUUGGGUGAGGCGAGUAUCGGUUUUGGUUCCCUUUCAGAGAAAACAAGUGGCGGCGCUGGUUCCUACUCUCAGAAGGCAUGGUGUCGUCGAUCUCUUCAGCGGGCGGGGAGUGUGGUGCUCAGUGCUCUUCUGCUGCGUGUUUGGUGCGUGCUUGGCUGCUUCUUCGUCGGGGUCAGACCUUCUGCUGCUGAUUUCUUCUGCCUCUGCAUCGAUUUCUUUGGGGGGAGGCUGUGAGCUGCGUCGGCUGGUGGGUUUGCAUCCCCUGCGUCCUUCUUCUGCCUGUUCAGAGCAUAAGAAGAUUCAAUAUACAGAAGAUGGUUGCCAACAAGAGCUUGAUGGCGCGGUGGUUAAAAAUACAACCGACAUCUUAACUCUGUGAGCGCUGCUACACAGACGAGAAACGCCAGACGUUUUUCAGACGAUGCAUCAUAUCAAGCCGUGCAUGUGUAGAGCAAAACUGAACAACGCCGUUCAAUCCCACAUCGUCCAGCGUUCGGCCGGGGUGUUGUCGUCCGCAUAGUAGUUUCGUUCGUCUGUCUCGAUUGGUAUGAAACUAUGAAUACAGAGGUAAGCUGAUUUAUUUAUUAUCCUACUUGCUCAAUCAUAAGUCCAUAAUAAUUUCAUUUCCAGGUAUAUCAGUCCGCGGUUUAUGUAAUACAAGCAUAUGGGGGUUCCAUGCGGACAUAAGGAAUUCACGACGAUUAUUCUCUAUGUAAUUUGUUGAUAAUUUAUUGAGCAUAUAUAUUGAUUUAACAUCAUUUAGUGGAUAUGUCACCAGUCAAGAUAAUGCUGAAUUUAAGAGUUAGAAGUGAUGCUGAAGAAAUUAAGCCACUCGGGCUACCAUCGGUCCGGUGUCCUAUUGAGCAACACAUGUUGUCUUUUAAUGUAGGACACCUUAAUGGUAAUGUGAUAUCUCUCCAACAUAUAAGUUACUUUUAAUCGAUCAUCUAUUUGUUUGUAGUGGUUUCUUCGCCAUUUGAUAAUAUAAAACAUAUCCUGCAACACCACUCGAAGCACAAAAUAUGCAUUGCAGAGCCGUCUCCAUAGUCAAUGGCUACUUGUAUCUGUAUUUUUUUCUCAUCCAAUCCCUGAGUCAUUAAAAAAGUGAUUCUCACUCAUGAAUGUGAAAACACUUCAGGUUAGACUUGGUGUUACAAACUUAAAUCAUUGGUUAUGCUUAUCUAUUAUACAUUUUUUAGCUACAUUAUAAGUGAAAUGGAUGAUGAUUGCCUUCUGUCCGAAAAAAAGAUGAUUUAAAGCUGCAGUGUGGUUUCCUUUUUGGCUAAUUCAUUUUUGGCUUUGUACAUGAUGUUGAACUAUUUCCAAAGUCAUAUAAUUGAUGCUGAGGACGCCUCCAUUAUAAGUCAUAUAUAAGUGAAAUGGAUGAUGAUUGCCUUCUGUCCAAAAAAAGAUGAUUUAAAGCUGCAGUGUGGUUUCCUUUUUGGCUAAUUCAUUUUUGGCUUUGUACAUGAUGUUGAACUACUUCCAAAGUCAUAUAAUUGAUGCUGAGGGCGCCUCCAUUGAUGGGUGGCAGAGGUGUCUGAUGCGGCAAAGGUUGAUUUCCAUGCCUCCACCAAUGGAUGGAUGGUGACUUGAGGAUACAAGGCCAGAGGCCCAAAGCUACUAAGAUGAAGUUAUGGUACAGUUUGCAGUUUGCUUUAUGUUCCUUUUAUUUUAUUCAAUUGAGUGACAUUGAAAAAUCUGUUCCAUCGUAUCUCUUUAUGAUGGCAUGUUGUCCUUUCGGUUUCACUUCCUGUAAUGUCCGUAAGGUUAGUUUAAAGAGAUGGAGCAUUCUAUUCAGCUUUAAAAAGAACAAACAUUGUUAAAGAGUGUCUGUUACUACUGGUUCUGAUAUCUAGAGUAUUGACAUUUGUUCA